GGACCCAGAGGCGCCUCUCCCUGCGCGUCCACGACAGGAAAGGUGCAACUACGAAGAGUUUGGCCAAAGUUCUCAACAGAUUACUACUUUUAUUGGCUUAAGACCUCACCAAAACAAACCAACAUUUUCCUUUUCGCGUUUUCGUUUUAUCCGAGGGGAUCAGCGCUGGCCACGUGCAGGUUGUGUGUCGUUUUUUUGUGCGUAAACUUCCUGAAAACACCUGCGUAAAUUCAAGUAACUCACCCAUGAAGAGGGAAGUCCUUGAGUGAAAGGAUGUGCUCCAGUCGGGGACUCUGUAGGGGCAACAGCCGCUCCCGCCCGUCCAGCACAGCGGCCACAAGUUCUGGGGCCCACUACGCCCUUUGUGCCUUGGGCGUAGGUCUCAUCGCUCUGGGGAUCGUCAUGAUCGUGUGGACCGUCAUACCCUUCGACGGAAAGGACACAGGCAAACCUCCAACCAACCCAGCUGACAACUCCACAGUGCCCAUAGACGAGAACGAGGAGGAGAUCGAUGACCGGACGAAGUCUUCAUCCGUGGCGAUGGUGCUGGUGGGGGUAGGGGGCGCCAUGCUGCUCCUGUCCAUCUGCCUGGGAGUGAGGAGCAAGCGGAGAGCCAGGAACCAACGCAACCAGCCAGCGCAGACAGGUGUCCCCUUCAUGGAGCAUAGAGCCGGAGAGCAGGAAGAACCAGUUCCUGACCCAGCUGCCUACAACGUCCCAAGUUACGAGGAGGCAGUAGGCAGCGGUAACUACCCUGUCCGCCAGAGCAACCUCCGCAACAGCAUGACCCACCUCCCUUCUUACGAGGACAUCAUCGCUGCGGUUGAAAAUGAAGGAUCUGAACCUACAACCACCAACAACCCCCCCACAGAAGAGACCCCCCUGAAUGGCCAAACCUCCGCCCCGACCCAGAACGCCUCCGAGUCCCAAGGUGAGGCCGGCGCUCCCGAAAGAAACCCCUCCCUACCCGCACGCAGCAGCAGUAGGGUCAGCCGACUACUCCAACCUCUCCGGGUGAGAAGGAUAAAAUCGGACAAACUGCACCUAAAGGACUUCCGCCUCCAAAUCCGCCAUCCCACCACACAUCCAGUCACCAUCGAGCCCAUCACCCCUCCACCGGGAUAUGAGAACAAGAUGCCUGAACUGAACCAGAGUUGAGUCAGAAGAAAAUAGAUGGACAUUUUAAUAGACCCAUUUCAAGGUUUGUAUUGUGUUGGUUAAAUGUGGUUGGGAGGCUGCAGCUGCCCCCGAAAGGAAAGUAUUUCAGGUUAAACUCUUGUUCUUUGUGCAUGUUUUAUCUAUUUAUUUUGUGAACAGCCAGAAAAAAGAAGCAUCUAGUUUGGUGCUAUGAUUUAUUAAUGCCAUCUGCUAUGGGGAUCACAGUGCAGCACUAGAGGAACCUUCUCCUGAUCUUGAGCUGUGUCUUUAUCCAGGUUUGGGAUUGGAGACAGAGUAUGGGAAGCAAAUAGUCCCUCCACAGAAAAGGGUCCCACAUGGCCCACAAUCUGAAAACAGGACUUUCCUUAGUAACACUUAAAAACAUGAAUAAAGCUGAUUAAAGAAGAAAUAUUUUAUAAAAAAUAUUUUAUAAAUAUUCAUCAACAAAUACAACUUAAUCGUGCCAGCAACAUAUUUUGAUGUAACAUUGCCAUAUAAUUUGUAAGUAAUUCCAUGUUUUGUGCUUUUUGGUGUUAACUGUCUGUUAUUGUAGUAAAUGUAGGAUUUUGGUAAAAAAGACAGUUAUGCCCAUUGUACUUUCAAUGUAUGAUGAUGUAUGAAAUUGUGUUUUUAUAGUGUUUUAAAGGGUGUUUUAGUAAGACAUGUUUCCAAAGCCCACUGAGAUACUUCAGAGUGCACCAGCUCAUCAAGCCCAGUCUUAACCCUAAUGCCCAACUUGAAUCUGACAGGUACAGACAGAAUAUAGUUAGGACUAGUGCGCCAGCGGAGUGCGCCAGCGGAGUGCGCCAGCGGAGUGCGCCAGCGGAGUGCGCCAGCGGAGUGCGCCAGCGGAGUGCGCCAGCGGAGUGCGCCAGCGGAGUGCACAACUGCUCUUAAAUUGAAUCGGUCCUAACUCUUAAACUGGGUUUACACUGUGCGAUUUGUGUACCGAUUUUGACACGAAUUUUAGCUGUACUGGAAUUUUAAAAUGGGCUGAAUGUCUCCUCCUUUGAGCACGAUGAUGACGCACAGAGAUGGUCACGAGCGCCAAUUACCUGCUCAUGACAAACACACGGCUGCUGGCCGUGCCAUCGUGCACGGGAAAUACAGCUGCAGGUAGACGUAAACAGCCCUGUAGGGGCUGGGGCAAAGUAUUUUGAACAAAUCACCGCACACACGAGAGCCAAAAAUGUUUGGUGACAAAGGCCUUGGACUUUAAACAAAGCAGCGUUUAGCAGAACUUACACACAAAGUGGAGGAACUUCAGUCUUUAGUUCCGCUGCGGUCUUGGAUUACGUACUGUCAGUUCUAACUAACAUGACAGGAAAGCACAUUUGUGUACGGGCUCUGUGAUUAAAGAAAGAAGAGCUUGACGUGGGCUGCAGCAGCAGGCCUUCAGAGCCCACGAGCACAGGGGAGAGUCACCACAGCCCUGAUGAAUGUGAACCACAGGCUCAGCUCGGCCCGCUGCUCUCGCUGUUCGCUUCUCUAUCAGUCGCUGCAGGGUCGUUUCUAAUGUUGUCCCGAGACCUCCACCUCCACAGUGUAAAAGUCACAUCUUGGUGCAGAGGACUUAAGUUUGGCUGGUGCACGUGUCAUAACUAUAGGCUGAGCGUAACUUUCAGAUUUAAAUCAGAUGUAGGGUUAAGACCAGUCUUAUGAUCAGCUGAUGCAUUCGGCUCCACAAGAAAACUAAACGAUGGAAUAUGAUUUUUAUAUGUUUAUAUUUUAAUAGGGUGUUGUGAUUAAUAAAUUGUUUCUAUUAC